CGGAACGCGUUGAUUCACGUUUAUCAACGUCAGCAUGCCCAUCUGCCAACAUCGCGGCUGCGGGCAGGACUAUGACCCGGCAAACAACCCUGAUGGGUGUUGCAAGUAUCACCCUGGCGCGCCAAUCUUCCAUGAAGGUCUCAAGGGUUGGUCAUGUUGCCCAAAGCGGUUCACCGAUUUUACCGACUUUCUGAAUUACCCCGGCUGCGCGUCGGGAGCACACACGGAUGAAGCACCACAGGAUGACAGCAAGGACCCAAAUGAAGCUCUGAAGGAGCUGGCUCAAGUGAAGGUUGAUCGAUUGUCACUCGAACAGCGUACAGCCGCUUCCUCGAUGCGGGACGGCGCACCAAAGGUUGAACUACCUCUGAAGACCACGGCCUCGCUCGAGCGGGCGUUGGCGCAACAGGCGGAAACGGCAGCCAAGGAAAUUGAGUCGCAAGAGGUACAACCGGGGCAGGCCUGUACGCACAAUGCAUGCAAGGGGUCCUACGUUGACGAAUCCAGCAACGAAGAGGAUUGUUUCCAUCACCCAGGCACGCCCGUGUUCCACGAAGGCUACAAGUACUGGAGCUGCUGCCCCAAGAAGAAAACCUACGAGUUUGACGAGUUUUUGGACUUUAAAGGCUGCACGGUUGGCAAGCACCGCUGGUUCAAGCCUGCAGAGGAAUCGGCCAAGGCCAAGCAGUGCCGUUACGAUUGGUUCCAAUCGGACACUCAUGUCGUGUUGACCGUUUUCGCCAAGUGCAUCGAGCCCAGCCGAACCUCCGUCAAGGCCAACGCUGACUCGAUUACGAUCGAUAUUGUCUACUCAAAGUCCUUCACCUUUCAGCUUGAGCUUCAUCUCGGCGGCAACAUCAUUCCAGCCGAAUCAACGGUCCAGUUGCUGUCCACAAAGAUGGACAUCAAGCUCGCCAAGGCCCCGGGAGAAGCGUGGGCCGCACUCACAGCCGAUGGUGCAAGCUCACAGUAGCCAUGCUACUUGCCGGUAGAUGUUGGGACGCCUGUUGCCGACUGCCUCGUCUCUCUUCGCAUCGUGUAUGUUUCUCGAGCGGCAUCCGAGCGCAGCAGCCUAGAAUGAGCAUAGAAAAGUCGGAAGGGCUUUGCAAAGCAUUUAUCCAGACGAACCAAAAAGGUACUUCUUGACAUGUCAAUUUAUAUGACUAGAGUCGCG